UGAAAAUUAACCCCUUUCAAACUUUUGCUCAUGAUUGUUUUUAACCUUAAAACAUACACAAAAAGGUAGUCUUUAAUUUUCAUUUUUCUGUUUUAAAACAAAAUUUAAAUCACCCAUUGUUUUUAAAGUUUUAAGAUCUGUUUCCUACAUUGUAUUCAGCUAACAAAAGACAUAAGAACCCAGCAGCUUAUCCCGGGAGAACUGAGGGAAAAGAGAUGAUUCACUGUUGAAGCUAUGUGGUGGGACUUUUCGGGUCCACAUAACUAAACUAUGAAUAGUUUAGUAUUUAAAGGAGAAUUCACAGAAGAAGCACUUCAACACAUGACCAGGCUCUGUGCGUUUAAUGUUUUUAAAUAAGACUGACUGAGAUCCAUAAUGGUACAGUCACUUAAUUUGUGUUUUUUAGCCCUUCUAACACCAGCACUGUCGCUGCCCCUUUAAGAAACUAAAAAAAUUCCCAGGAAGCAGAAACUGAAGAACCACCUUCAUCGCUCUAACUUUCAGUUCUGACUUUUCCUCUCAGCACGACCACUCCCUACAUGCUUACAUGGUUUUUACGAUAUCAUGGACAGCUCUGAUCUUCCCUCUCUGAGAGAUGGUGAGAGUUACCACGUCUUCAUCAGCUACAGCAGCACUGACUACCAGUGGACCCACUCCCUCAUUGAACAGCUGGAGUCCUGCGGCCUGCAGGUCUGCUACCACGAGCGUGACUUCACUCCAGGACGCACCGUGUUGGAGAACAUGUCCGACUGCAUCCAGGAGAGCCAGAAGGUCCUGCUGGUCCUCAGUCCAGAGUUUGUGAGGAGCCGCUGGUGUCUCCUGGAGGCCAACAUGUCUCUGUUCAGGGACUGUCUUGAGAGGAAGCCCAUCGUCCCAGUGCUGCUGGAGCCUGGAGUCUCUAUUCCUGCCCACCUCUGCCACCUCACCUACCUGGGGGCCAACGACCCGGACUUCAAGAACAAGCUGCUCAAGGUGCUCUGCACCCCCAACCAGCAGCUCCAAAGCUCCACUGUGGUUCCCUUCCAGCCUCCCUCCAUCUACAAUGGGAAGGUCCUGCAGCCUUUGACUGCUGUUAAUGAUGAGGAACUCUACAAAUGGGAAUCUGGUCAGUUCAGUGAAUUGGAGGUGCCGGACCAACUGCGUCUGAUCAUUGAGAACCACGACAAGUACAGAGAGGCUGUGAGGAUCAUCAACAGAGUCUCUGAAGACAAAGUUUGGAUCCGCCCACUCUGGAUUAGAGUCAUCAUUUACAUCGUUGGUGUAGCAUUUUUCAUGCUCUUGUUUGCAUUAUGUAUGUUUUGGCAAAAUGAAACCGUUGAUGAUUUUAUUCGUCAACCACGAUUAAUAUUUGACAUUUGGUCGACGACGACAUUCAGUGUCUACUUAAUUCCGAUUGGGUUUAUUAUUCAGCUUGGAUUCUGGAAAAUGGAUAAUGACCGAUAUAUUUUGCGGGAGAUGCAUAAAGCUGUAGGAAAAGCAAACCUGUUGCUCCAUGAGGACAAGGUGUUGAUGGGAUGUGGCUCCAACUCAAAAAUCUAUCUGGUGUAUGUUUCUCUGGACAGCUGCAAACAGGAGUUUGCAGAAACAUUUCCUGAUCAGGCACAAGAGAUGUUUCAGAGAGCUCUGAUGUUCUUCUCAUCAGGUUACACCUGCAGCCUCGCUACUAGACACUCUCCCUUUCCUCAACCCACCUCCUCUGGUCACCUGGAGGGAGGGCUGUGUUUCUGUCAGUAUGUUUCUCAGCAGCUGAGUAAGAACAAAUGGGAAUAACUAACAUAAGUCUAAAUGUAACCAGUCAGUUUCAGUUUUAACUCAUGAGAAACACAUUUUUUGUGCCAUUUCAUCAUUGUUGAUGGUGCCUUGUCAAUGCUCUGUGUUCAAGUUGAACUUUUGAUCUGUUUUGGUAACAUUCAGAUAUCAAUGCUAUAAUGCUGGGUAAAAAAAAACAACAAACAAACAUUUGCUUAUUUUGAACAGUGGUGGCCCAGGCAGCAUGAACCUGUACAUAUUUAUGACAACAUACAAGUAAUUAUGAUGAUAAUAAAACAGCAUUAAUUCUUGACCUUUUAGAUUCUGUGUUCUUAAUGUUGUAAACACCCU